CCGCCUGCGGACCUGCAUCCCCGCGGGGCCGGCGAACCGGCGGCGGUUCCUGCGUGCGCUGCGCUCCGGCCGGCUGCUGCGGGCGGACGCGGGGCCAGGCCGGCGCAGGGGCUGAGUUUCUGCAAAGUUUGACCUGGUUGCCUUUCCGAUGCUGCAGCAGAGCGAGGCAGCGCGGGGCGCGCCAGGUGGCUGCGGCGCGGCGGCGGGGCUGAGCGGCGACAGCACGCUCACAAUGAUCAUAAAAUAAAGGAAGCGCGCGGGGUGGGGGCGAGAGAGCCCCGAGCCUCAGCCCUCCGCCCCCGGCCACCCCCAGCAGCCCCGAGCUAGGAGGACGUGGGGGCCGGGGGCGCCCACGCCGGCCCCAGACCCCAGUAGAGCCAAAGGACACUGCCCGGGGAAGGGACUGGGGGCGCCCCGAGGACGUGCCCGCGGAAGGGUCAGGGGCGGCCGGGGCACCCGGAUUGGCCUGAGGGGCAGGUCCUCGGCGGCCGCGGCGAACUAGGCGGCGGCUCCAGCGCAGCCCCGGGGACCCGUACAGCGGCGGGCGGCGACAGUGACGAGGGGACGCGGCGCGCCCGCGUGGGGGCGCCGGCCCGUGCCCGCCAGUGGGCGCCGACGGGGACUCGUGUUGCACCGUACUCCUCCGGGACCCCGCGGGCGGCCCGAGUCGGCUCUCGCCUCCAGGAAGCCGCGGGUCGGCGCUCGACCCGGAGGACGCCCACACCGCCGCCGACCGAACACAAACUGCCCUUCCAUUGAUUCGGCCCCGUUGGGCGAGCGGCCGGUUGCGUGUGUCCUGAGCGCGUGCGGAAGGCAGGAGGGCAGGAAGUCGGUCUUCUGCAGCGAGGGUGGCGGCGCCGCGUUGGGGACAGAGCCUUCCUUAUUUAUGUGUCUGCCGGCAUUCACCUUCUUCAGCGGAAGACUUCAGGGAGCGUCUCCGAUCUGCGUUCCCCGCGUGUGAGGCACGGAAGGGCUGGAUGUCUGAACAACAUGCUUAUCCAUUAACAUCCAAACUUUUCUUUUUUUAACCCAAAGAAUAUCGGUGAUUUUUGUCCACUGCCAGCAGAAGAAGAGCAUAUACCCAGGGCCCUGGAAAUGCAGCAAAAUCCUUAUUUAUAAACAGGCCCGAGGUAGUGACAUGCAAAAGCCCCCUACUCAGUGAAUUUUCUAUCCUAUGGAUAUCGGUCUUGAGAUUUGAGAUUGGAGAGCAGCCCUGUCUGCACUGGGUCCGGCAGCCUCCGUCCCUUCAAUGCCCAGUUUUCUCUGGGACUGCUGGCCUUCCCUGGAGAUCACAGUGGUACUGUGUGCCAUGGGCUGUAUUCAGAGCAUCGGGGACAAAACCAGCGUCUUCCGGGAAGGUAUUACGGUGAUUGACGUGAAAGCCUCUAUCGACCCUGUCCCCACCAGCAUUGAUGAGUCCUCCAGCGUGGUGCUCCGCUACCGGACACCCCACUUCCGUGCCUCCGCCCAGGUGGUCAUGCCGCCCAUCCCCAAGAAGGAGACCUGGAUAAUUGGCUGGAUCCAGGCAUGCAGCCACAUGGAGUUCUACAACCAGUAUGGGGAGCAGGGCAUGUCCAGCUGGGAGCUGCCGGACCUCCAGGAGGGCAAGAUCGAGGCCAUCAGCGACUCGGACGGGGUGAACUACCCCUGGUACGGCAACACGACAGAGACGUGCACCAUCGUGGGUCCCACCAGGAGAGACUCCAAGUUCAUCAUCAGUAUGAAUGACAACUUCUACCCUAGCGUCACGUGGGCCGUGCCCAUCAGCGAGAGCAAUGUGGCCAAGCUGACCAGCAUCUACCGGAACCAGAGCUUCACCACGUGGCUGGUGGCCACCAACACCUCCACCAACGACAUGAUCAUCCUGCAGACGCUGCACUGGCGUAUGCAGCUCAACAUCGAGGUGAACCCAAGCCGGCCCCUGGGCCAGCGCGCGCGGCUACGGGAGCCCAUCGCCCAGGACCAGCCCAAGAUCCUGAGCAAGAACGAGCCAAUACCGCCCAACGCCCUGGUGAAGCCCAAUGCCAACGACGCCCAGGUCCUCAUGUGGCGGCCCAAGUACGGGCAGCCGCUGGUGGUGAUUCCGCCCAAGCACCGGUAGCAGACAGGACGUCCGUGAGGCCAGACUCAGAAAACGAUACCGCUCGAGCAAACCCCACGUGGUGGUCAGUCAUUCAGCAAAAUACAACCAUUCUACCUUCUCCCACGGGCGGUCUCACUGUGCAAAUGCCCCCAGGAGGGCCGCCCCGGCCCUCUCGGAACCUGCUUCCUUGUGGCGAGGGGGAAGACCCAGCCGGGACAGACCAACCCCACGCGCGCCCUUCAGUGUCACCUUGGGUCUCCUUUCCUCUCCUUUUUCUCACAAUUUCAGUCAUUCACUUGCAACAGACUCCCUGACACAAUGGCUUUUUUAGUCCCUUUUUGUUUUUAAUGCCUCUUUACGAGGUUCAGGGGCAGGAGGAGGAGCUGAUAGCAGACUGCCCCGGGCCUCCCAUGGCAGCCCCUUCAUCCACCGUCACGCGGCCUUAUGUAGACUUGCUUUGCCAAACUUCUGCCUUAAGCUGAAUUUAAAGGGGAAAAAAAAACCUGAGACAGACAAAGAAAGCAGGAUCUCUUUUCUACUGGACUUUUCAUCUCCUGCCAGAGGUGAGGGAGGGGGCUGGGUGAGGGAUGAGAGAAAGACUAGCUGAGCCCCUCAUCCCGUCUUCCCUUCCGUCCUCCCUCCUUGGUGUCUUGGGAGAGGGGCAGGGGCACAGAUUUAGGUCUGAAACCAGCUACUCAUUCUUUCGUUUUGGCAGAAACGAAACCACAGACAGAUGCUGCACGAAGAGCCCAUUCUCUCAGCCCCAGGUAGAAUGCCCGACCCGCCCCCUACCUGCAAAGAAGGGCUGAGAGCUCUGGCUGGGGGUAGAUCUGCCGGGGCUGCUUCUUGCCUCUUCCCUGCAGCCUUAACUCCCCGUGGUGGGUCUAGGAGACAGGGCGGGUCCUGUAAGUUACAGGUGGAGCUGGGGAAUUGAGCCAUCAGUCAGCACCCAUUCACGGCCAGUUUGCCGGCGUAUCUAAGUGUAUGGCUUUUCCACUUCCAUCCACACUGGUCUAAAACGCUGGAGGGCCGGUCACCUUGACCCAGUUUUAGUUCAAAGGUAAGAAGAAAGGCACCCCCUUCCCUCCAGGCUCCUUCUCAGGGGACGCCCCUCCCAGGUGCUCUGGGGGCGGGCUGCAGACAGGCCGGAGCACCAGUGCUGGAGGUUGGGGAAAACUAGUUGGGGGCACGCAGGGAUAGGCAGUCUUUAUCUGGGGAGGCAGGUGCAGAUACCCCCCUGCUGCCUGUCCUCGAGGAAGUAAACCAGGGCCCAGCACUGGGGGAUUAAGUGGACCCCAGGGUUGAGAGGCAUCAGAGUCACUCUGCAGGCUGCUCUGGGACAGGGGGGCCAGUCCUUGCGGGCCACCCUCCCUCGGGUCCUAGGGCCUCUGGAGCCCUGGGACUGGGUUUUGAGAGAUGCCAAGCUUUCUUACCAAUGUCUGCCUUGAAGGCUGCUCGCAGGAGCUGUGGGGACACCCCUCUGAAGCCCCCUUCCUCCUAGCUUGCCAAACCCACAGCUACAACACCUGGGCCUUGCAUUCAAACCAAUAGUAACCAAGCACAGAAAACAGGUAAGGAGAACAAUCCAUUUCUGCAGCACAUGAGCCACUUGUAGGAGUCCCAGCGACAACAUGGGAGGGCAUAGGUCACCUGAUCCUUGCUCUGCUCCUUUAUGCACAUGAUACUGUAUUUAAUCAAGGGGUGCUUAAUGUCCAGGCCAUCUCCCAGACCCUGCUCCUGAUGGGAGGCGUGCAGCCAUCCUGGAACAACUGGACUGUUAACAGCUUUGUGCCGCCGGCUGCCGGCGUGGUGCUUGGGGAUCCCGUCAGGCCCAGGACCUUCCCCUGGGGACUGCGGGUUCCCCCCUGGUGUGUAUGGAGGCCAGAGCCCUGAGUGGGGGGGAGGAAGGGUCCCAGCUCCACCUGUGGGGCAGGGCUGCGGAGGGAAUGGGUGACACGUUAGAAUGCCUGGACAGGAACUGGCCUCCGGCCUCCUGAUGGAGUGGCCCUUCUCUGCACUCAGGUCUCUCUUGCACUAAAAAGGAGACAGGGCCCUGGGCGAGGGGUCAGGAAGCUGGAGUUCUGGUUCUGGGCUGGGCCAUAGCUAACGGACUCUUAUUGGGGUAGAGGGUAGGAGCGGAAAAGAGCAAUAGGGUGGUCCUGAGCGGUUUGGGGGCAGAGUCCCCCAAACUCGUACUUUCUGAGUAUGAGCAAGCCCUCCUGGCGGGGGCCAGCACUGUGCCCCCUUUCCAGCUGCCUCCCCCGGGCCUACAGCAUGCCUGGCCCCCAGCUGCCUCUACCCCGGGCCCCUUUCUCUCUGCCCAUCUAGCCUUUCUGUAGACCCUGGAGAGGCUGUGGGUCCAUCCAAGGACGCCGGACUUAGCUUGGGUCUGGUCCCUUGGCCGCCUCUCUCGUCAGGAGCACAGACCCACCCCAGGCUUCUCGCCUGGGUCCCCGAUCCCUCUGGUGUCCCCCUCCCCCGGUGUGGACACCUCCCUCCAGCAAUAAGGACCGUCCGUGGUCAUGGAGAGUACUGUGAAAACAAACCAGUGCACUUACCAGGAGACAUAAGACUCUUGAAGAAAAUGUAAAAUGAACCUUGAAAAACAAAACAAAAAUAUUCACACAGAGAAAUAAAUGUAAUUUUAAAGU